GUGGAUAGUAAGGGAGCCCGGCCCCCCAAGCUUUGGCGACAACAUUCCCGUACAUACAUACAUACAUACAGUCACAAGCAAAUAAGCAAACACCGUGACCGCCGCGCUGGCAAAAAGUUCCAAAUGUUGAAGCAUAUUAACUGUUUUUCCAAUUUCAAGAGCUUUUAUAUAGCAGUCCUGUUCCCUUCCAUUUCUACCCAUUUGCUUGUCGCGCGGGGCGGGUGGCAACAGUGCCACAUGUUUGCCCGCACUCCUUUGCUCCACAAAUUCCCUCGCCAAGUAACAAUCCAGCGCAUCAGCCAGGCGCCUCAGCGCCCGUCGCAACGAAUACACUCUACACUUAUCGUACAGAAUUCCUUCCUAGACUCCCACAUCUCAAGAACUCCAUGCGAUAUCCCAACAUCCCUAGAGUGCAUAAUGAAUGCAGCGCGAGCGGCAAAACGAAUCCUUCUAGGACAUACGCUGUAAAAGAGCAUAAAAGAAAAGACGAUAAUGAGGUGAGAAUACAAUGAAUAUAGUCGAAGUAGAUGA